AGUCACCGUUUCCGAGAUGGUUACAGGGCAACCACACAACUGUUUUUUUUCUUACAUCAAACGGAAUUUUCAUCUUUCUUUGGCCUAAAACUCUUUUAAAACUUCCUUAAACACCCUUUUAAAUACUUAUAAUAUUGCAAUGAUAAGAGAACAAGAGGACUGAUUCGUUGAUCACAACUACUAACAUUUGAAUUCGUUGCCUUCCAAAAUUAGUGGUUAUUGUGAUUGAGUUCAUGAUUUGAAACAAUGAUUUUAAGAUCGUGAGGAAAGGAGGAUCUCCUUUGAGUGAUAGAUAAAACCCAUGCCAAUCCCAGGUGUUACAGUCGAGGUAGGUGAAACGUCGUUCCAAUCCAUUGUGCCGUAAAAUAUUAUUUGAUGGUUGUCUGUUGGUGAGCAUUCAGUUGUUUACACCUGAUAAGUCAACAUUUAUCAUGUGCUGAAAGUUUUAUGUGACUAUUUCAGGAUGUGGACGCAUACUCUGAUGUGUCUAAUGGCUCUACGAUCUCAGUGGUAAGCCUCUUAAAGAUAUGAUGUUAAUAUUUCCAAACUUCAAAAAGGUCUUGAUUACAGUGAAUGUUAUCUGUUGUAUGCAGCUCGAUCUUUCACUGCAAAUGUUUGGGAUCAGGCGGUUUAUUAGGCAGUGUACUCUGUAACUAUGGAUAAAGUUAGGGUAAAUAGAUGUGUAAACUUUGUGUUAUUUUGUACCUCUUUUAUGAUCUUAAUAUUUAAAAAAAAAUGAGUUAAAGUACUAUGAAACUAUAUGUACACCUGUAGUCCAACAAAAUAGCUCUGGAACCUUUUUGUAAGUCUAAAAAAAUGAAACGGUUGUAAAGUUUGCCCAUUUGUGCUGAAAUUCCUUUUGAUUAGUCAAUACAUGAUAGAAGUCUCCAGAUCAGAUCAAUACUUUCACAGUUUUCUAAAAGUUGUUAUUUGCUUGAAUUUCUGCUAUUUAGGGCAGUGCUGCAUCUGGUGGAAGUGGACACAUGCCCAGACCUCCGUCAGGUGAGAUAAUAUAGAGUACUUAGUACUAAUCAUGCUCAAACUUUCUGUCUGCAAUAAAAUUGGAAUAUCAGUGGCCCAGCUGGGAAUAUUCACUUCAUUACUUUUAAGUACUUUCCUUUUGUUUAACCCUGUAACCCCUAAGAGUGACUGGCAUCUAAUUUCUCCUUACAAUGUCAGCUCUGAUUCACACAUUAAGGUCACAAGAAUAAAAGAAAUGAUCACAAACUAAAGAAGCUUUUGAUUAUUAAACAAAUUCUCCUUGUCAGCACCUUAGGAAAUUUAUAGAGAGAAGUAGGAAGAAUAGUCAUACUGAUGUUAAGGUGAAAUGGCUUAAUCAUGUCUAUGUUACACACCCAGGGAGCUCUAAGAGGUCAAAGUCAGUUCAAGGCAGAAGAUCAAAAGUUGGUGAGGCAUUCUUUCAUUUGUGACAUCUUGAUGCAUUUGUAUACACUAAUGACUUUGAAACAAUUAGAUGAGAGAGUUAAGUCAACCUACUCUGUUUUCUGUUACAUUUUUGAGAUUGGCAGGUUCUUCUGAAAAUUGAAUGGUGAUGUUUAUCAAUGUUACCACAGUUAAUGUUUUUUAUUUCAUCUUCUCACAUUUUGCCCUUGAUCAUUUAAAUUUGAGUAGUGUCACAAGUGAUACACCUGUGCAUUUGUAACAAUCCAUCCAAAUCUUAGAAAAGUUGGCCAACUUUUUUAGGCUCUUUAUGGAAAUAAUUUUUUUACUGUAUGUUCCUUUACUCUUUACUUUGCCAUGCAUGGAUAGUCCUCUCCAAAAGCUCAAUAUUUGUGUUAUUGAACCCUUCAACUCUCAUGAGUGACCAAGAAAGAAUUUCUCCUUACAAUAAUUAUUAUAUAUCAAAUACAAUAUCAAGCAGACAAGUGAUGACAGUAAAGAAAAAUAUCAACAAAGGGGUCAGCAGUUGAUGGAGUACCAAAAUCUCUAAACCAAUGUCAUAAGAGUUGUAUGGCUAGGAGUGAAGUGGUUAAAUUAGAAUGGAUGGUGCAUGGCGUUUUUCUUUGUUUACUUCUUGAUAGUUCAUAUUGGGCAUCAAAAUUAUGUUCCAUCUCUUUAAAACAACCCUAUUGUGUUUGACACAAAGAGUGAUAAGGCUUGAUAUGUAAUUCUGUCCUUCCAGGAAAGUCACCAUAUUCAAGUUUACAACUGAAAAGCUCAUCAAAACAGCAGCCUCCCAAACCCACUGCAAGAAACAUGUGGAUCACUGCAAUGAGAAAUGGAACUGCUAGUGAGUGACGUAUUGUCUACUAGGUUAUAUUCUUCCUGUUCCAGACGCACCUUGCAGAAUUUUAUACAAGUUAAUGUAAAAACUAUAUAUUUUGAUAGUCUGCCAUAACUUGUCAAACUAAGCCUUACUGUCCUAUAAUGUUUUGUUAUAUGAUUGGUCUAUAUCAGUUCAAAGUAAAGCAAAUCUAGAGUUAAGAUUAAACACCCUCUUGACUUUUUAUCUUUUUAGCUCUGAGUACAGAAAAUUCCCCCAUAAAGACUUGGGGAGGUUCAAGAGCUUCACAAAAUAAACAGAAUAAAACUGGAACAAGAUCAAGGCAUCUAAGUGAUUAUGUUCAGGUAAGUUCUUCCUAAAAUUUGAAGUGGCUGGAAGUGGAGUAAUACUGGUAAAAAUAUCAUUUCCCAGGUAUGAUCUGGACUAAUUAUAAAGCAGCAAUUGUAGCACUAAUGAAAACAUUCUUUAAAGGGUAACAUCAAUCUGAGGGUGGCAAUUGUAAGAGUACCUAAUGGAUCAAUGACUGCAAACCAAAUGGAGUUGACUGACUGAGUAGUGUUUGUUUGUGCACACAACUAAAUUAGGUUGAAAAGGGAGUUCAAAUACCUGAUAUAUUUUUCUGUAAGUGUGUUUUAGAGAAAAAUGUACCAGGUGGCCAUGCAUGUAAAUCCGUUUCCAAUCUGAGUUGGUUUUGUAACAUAUCAGUGAAGACCUCUCUCAGUACUAAUGGACCUAAAGCUAUUGGUAAACUAAUUGUUGUGGAUAUUAAAUAAUUAAAGUUCAUCUAACUUUUUCUAGAUUGAAGAUCUAAAAAAUAAGAAUCAUGUCAGAAGUGCAAGUAUGUCUGCAAGUAAGUUUUACUCCCUCCAUCCAUGUAAAUUUUUCACAAUGUGGAUAUGUUUUUUAUUUCUUUUUUUUUUUUUUUGCUAUAAACAAGCCUUUACUGACCAAGAGAAUCAUAAUGAAAAGUAACCUUUUCAUUUUAAGGUGAACCACAGUUGUCUAUUGGUGGUCCUGCAUAUAAACCACAGGAAGACUACUAUGAUGAGAUCAUAGAGUUAAAAAAGGUAAGCUGCAGGAAGCUAAGAUUUCAAACACACAAGCAACAUGUUUGCCAUCACAGUUAUUUUGCAUUGUCUCUCUUCACUCUGAUCAUUCUUUAUUUACAAAAUCAAAACUCUGUUGUUUGCAACAGGUCAUGCACUUAAACCUAUCCAGAAAUUUUCUCUGUGCUACAGUGUGUUGGACAUUCUUUGUGAAAAUCUCCUUUUUAAAACUCUAGAACUGACAAAAUAUUUUUAUUACUAGGUGAUUCUUUUCUUAUGUAUACUCUCUUGUUGGUGUCAACUGACUGCCUGCCAAUGAGAAAUUUGAUGCCACAAUUGAUUUAAUUAUGCUCUUUAUCAUCAAGCUGUUUAUUAAGGAGAAAAAAGUUGUUUUUCUUUUUAGUGGUGGCUGUUUAGUCUUUCUCAUUUAAAACCGAUUGGUUUUUAUGAAAUCCUUCAGAUCAUAAAUGCCUUGAAAGCAGAAAACAAUAUUCUAAACACAAAACUCCGCAGAGUGGAAGGAGAGAAUGUCUUGAAGGUGAGUUCAGAGUAUAUUUAUUAUCAUGUAUCUGAAUCAGCAGCAGUGUACACUUCUACUGUUAGUAAUCCUUUAGUUCUUUACACCCUAACACCAUUAUGGAAGUUCUCCAUACUGUUCUUUAUACAUUUCCUAUGGUGCUGAUGUGGAGAAUUUGUUUAGCAAUCAAGAGCUUCGUUAGUUGGUGAUCAUUUCCUUUAUUCUCAUGACCUUAAUUUUUGAUUCAAGGGUGAUAUUGUAAGGCAAACUCAGAUGCUUUUUACUCUUAGGGGUCAAAGAACUUCAUUAGCCCAACUCCACCACUUGUCAUUUACAGUCAGCAAAAUGGUUUGCUUUGGAAAAAUUUGAUAAAAAAUUCUUGAAAAGGUUAUUUUGUGGUUAAAUUUUCUCUUUUUCUAUUCUGGUUCCUGGAUAUGUAUAACUUUUUAUUAAAUUAAAAAUAAGGAUAUAAAAUUAAGCCAAUUUUAUUUUAUCAGUUAUAAUAACUGUGGAGAUUUUUGUCCUUUAUUUACAGGACAGAAAAAUGGAAGACCUCUUGAAUACAAGAAAGCAGGUAUAUGACAAGAUUGUGUGUGAAAAUUAAUAUCUUAAUGCAAAAUUGAGCCAACAUGGUUAACAUUUUGAUCUUGAAAGUUAAAGUAUAGUGAUUUAAUUUUCUUAUUGUUAUAAUUGUUUUAAGUAUAAAUUAAUUAAAUUCAGCAGGUAAUGAAAACAAUAUAUAUGAACCUUGACAAAUAAUGAUUGCAGUAAUACAGUAAUAAUAGAUGGGGUUUUGAUUUUAUUUGUACUUUAGCCUGAAGAUGUCAGAAGAACAUUGACAGACAAAAAGGGAGACACCAGUGCUGUAAGUGGUCAGAUGCUUGUGCAGGACAAUAACAAACCCUAAAUUUAUUAGGAUUUCAUUUGUAAAGUUUGCAAAUACACUGUUCAUGUGCAGUUGUAUUUACAAGCAUGAUUAAAAUAUGUACGAAAAUUUUGAGGUUGCAUUUUAUAUUUAAGAGGGAGGGAACCCAAAAUGGAAUUCACACAGGUUAACAUGCCAAAAUGUUUGUUGUUGCCAGAGGUUUUUCCAGUUUUAACUUCAUACAAUUACAGAGUUUUAAUUCUUCUCUUUUAAUAGAUUGUCAUUCCCUUGCCCACCCACCCCAAAAUAUUUCAAGUUUCCCUGACAAUUUGCUAGCAGUAGAGGAAAAGACUGUCCUCAGCCCAAGUGGCCUGCACUGACAGAGCUCAUCUUGGUUUUUGGAAGCAACAAGCAGCCAUAAUUAUUUCUAAACUUGUUGGUUGGGAUGCUAGUGCACUACCUUUCAGCAUUCUGUGUUGUAGUUUUUGUUACAGAGUCAUGUUUCUUACCCAAGAACACAACACAACGACACAGUUUGAAUUGCAUCCUAAGGACAAGUAGGAGAUAGCGUGGCCCAGUGGUUAGGGUGCUGAACUUGUGAUCUGGUGGUCCCAGGUUCAAGUCCUACAUCCUGCCAUUCACUAGAUUUGUUCUUGGUUGCCCUGAGUUAAACUCCUCGGCUGCGCUGUGUAAAUAGCCAACUGGUCUGCCUCUAGACAAUUGGAUUUUCCAAAUAAUCCAAAGGCUUCCUUUUUUUUAAUUUUAGAGUCAGCUGCUACUUGGUGCUCUGACCCUGCCUUACUUUGUCAAUCUGAUCAAAGUAUAUGACAUGUAUUACCAAGAUUUAGACCAGAUAUACUUCUUAUUUUCAGAUUGUGAAUAGUUUAAAACAGAAGCUCCAUGCAGUAGAAAGAACAGUCAAGGACAAAGAAGCAGAAUUAAGGUUAAAUUCUAACACUAAAUUGGUGCUGAUGGCUGCUAAAUGUUCCCAAGAGAGACCAUUCGGGCUCCUCUGAGUUAACACUUUUUCUCCCACAGGUUACCACAAAGAAAAGUAGUUAGAAGAAGGAAAAAAAACCACUAGAAAUUAUUGUUUGAUCUGACGUCAAAUUCUUAGCAUGAAAAUUAUUUGAAAUAUGUAGCGGACAGUAAAAAGAAUUUAAAUUUCGAUCACUGAAAGUUAAUUUCCCUUCCCCUAGUAGAGGGUGCAGAACUCAUAUGUAGCAAUCACAACAAAUUUUCUAUCUGCGUUGUUGUUAUUGUUGUUUUUGUUAUUUUGUGUUUUUAAUUUUUAUUUUUAUUUCUAUUCCAGUCAGCUAAAAAAGGAUGUAAAAAUGACAAAUAUUGAGGAGCUGCAAAUUCAGAGUGAAACAUAUUACCAAGAGGUAAAUUGUGAUGGUGUUGUUUAAUGACUGAAGUCUGAGUCCUCAGUUAGGAAACAGAAUCUUUCUGCUGGUCGUGAUUCCUUUAAUGUUAUUUUACACAAUAAGCUGAAUUGUACACGCAUUUUAAUUGAUUCUUGUAAUCUAUUGAAGGACAAACGUCACCAUUAACGAAAUUUUACUCUGUUAUCAUAUUACACAAAUAAAUUCCACGUUGCCGUGAUUCUGUUUAGCAAUAGAUCACAGAAGAUAUCAAAAUGUGGUAAUAACAUUAGUGACAUUCUACGGCGCCUUUUGCGACUCUUUUUUGUUCUUAACUCAUUUUGAAGUCAUUUAUGAUCUAUUGCUAAACAGACACACGGCAACAUGGAACCUAUUUUUAGUCUGAAACGAUUUCAACUCGUGUUUCUGUUGUAUUUCCACAGGUUCAAAGAUUACAAUUGGCUCUAAUAGAAAUGCAGCAAUCUCAGUUGAACGGUUCUUUCGGAAUGACGAGGUAGUUGAGGGAAACAUUCAUGUAGUUUUUUCUGUCGCUUUUCUUGGUAUAUCAACCACAGAGUUUUUCUACUUCUCAUCAUGAUUGUGGGAAAGGAAAAUCUCAAGAUGAAUGAAAUAUUUCAUAUGCCACUUCCGAGCAUGAACUCUCCUCAAGGUAUUUCUUUAGUCGCUGGGUGCACGGUGAAACUAAAGGCAGCUGGGAUACAUAACGAGUAGCGGAGCUACGAUAGUUUCCUUCCCACUCCUCUCGCGGCUUUUCUACCCUCAAAAUCUCGGUAGAACAGCCAACCACCCACGCAACCUUCCCCCCCUCCUCCUCCCAAAUUGUUGUAAUGCUUAUCUUCGUUUGUUUUCUGAUGGUAUUUAAAUGUUUUUAUGUCUUUCUCGCAGUCCAAGGAAUAGUUCUCUUUCAAAAGGAACCAAAGGAUCCAAGCCCUCGAACGUUUCUCUUCAAAGGCUAGCAGGUUUGAUCGAACAAAAAUUGCUUUUACUGUUACUUUAGUUCACAAGAUUUAGAAUAACUUGUGAGUGAAAACUGAAUAUGCUGAAACGCAUACUCUAACGAGCUAUUAGCGAUAGUCCUGGUGUAGGACAGGACCAUUUCUAACUAAGGCCCUUUUUUUGCUUUUCAGAGGAAAACGAACACCUUAAAGCUGAUAAUCGCGCUCUUAGGAAAGAUCUGUUGACAGCGAUUGAAAAUGCGUCGAGUUCAGACAAAAAGACUACUCUUAGAGGUACACCUCAUUUUAAAAUAUUAAGUUGUGAUGGCAAUUUUAUGAUACAACCUAAAGGAAAUCAAUGAAACUAAUUUGUCACAGUCCAAAUGAUCAUCUUCGCAGAUUAUUCUCAUUGUGCUACGUUUUUUUAAGUCCGUGGUAUUAAAGAGCUUACCUCCCAUAAGUGUGGCCUGGGUAUGAAUUUAAGACCUGGCCUCGCACUCGAUUCAACUGAGCUGAGUUUGGGUUUUGUCUUCGUCCUCGUCGGGGGAUUUUUCUCCUGUUCUCCGUGUUUCCCUCCUAAAAAAACUCCGUAAAAUACCAUCCUGACUUGUUAUCAGCCCCUUAAAACAACUUCAAGAAUGCGUCUCUGUCUAUUUCUCUAUUAUCUAUAAAAUUGAAUUUUCUUUCCUAUUUUCAGCUGAAUAUGCGGACAUGAACCGUGGACAACUUCUCGCGAAGAUUCAUGAAUUGGAAGAAGUGAGUGAAAGUUACCUUAUAUUAAGAAAAGGAAACACCUUGAUCUGAAGAGGCGGGAAAACAAGCGGAGAUAGGCAGAUCGACUGACAGGAGAAAGGACAGUGGGAAGCGAAGACAGACAGAGAUAACGAUGGCUGCGAAAACAGAAGACAGAUUGAUGGGUUUAAUACACAAUCCACAUUCGACAUACACCCAUUUUAGACGGGUCAGACAUACGAACUGAGCAACCACCUCAGGGUUUUAUUAAUGUUUAACUAGUUGGUAAUAGUUUCCCUUUCAAAGAGUCUAUCAUUUAAAUUCAUAUUGUUGUAUAACAUUUGCAGAAAAUUCAAGACGCCGACGGAAAGAAAACACAAACUAGGAAAGGACCCUUAGUUGAAGGUAAAGAGGAUGAAGAAGUGAGAAGAAAAAGCACCUCUAAGGUCACUGCUGAAGGUAAGUAAAAGAAAAAAAAACAAUGGAAAGCACAAAGGAAUAAAUUGAUAACACAACAAAGGAUGUAUAGAAAGAUGAACAAUUAUUGGACGACGCUGAGUGUGAUAUUGUGAUAUGCCAGUGGCAAGACACAGACAAACUACGCCGUAAUUUGUCUGUGAUUUGUCGGACAUUUUGCGAUAAACGAGUUCAUUAUGCUUAAUUUAAUAAUUCAAAAGAACAGCUUUAGGGAGCCCUUGAGCCUCUUCCCACAUCCUACCAUCAACAGAUAAAACUUGCUGAUAAUAAAAGGCUCAAGGAAAUUUAGAACACAACAUUUUACCCGGUCAAAUUCGUAGAGUGCAAGCAAGGAAAGCACGCUCACUGUUAAAAUUACUCAGGCUACAGAAUUUAUUCCUUGUUGAACUGUAACAUCAAGUGAAAUUUUUUAAGAAGUUUACUCAUUAUGCCGGCAUUGAUGUUCUGAUUGGAGCAUUUUGCCCAAAAAUAUGCCGGCAUAAUUUAUCUGACCCAUAUAGCAAUGCAUGGUUAGACGGUAUCAGUUAGACGUUUGAGAAGACCAUUGUUUGCGUGCAGUCAUUUGAAGGUUAUGUGGUGGGCCUUUGGCGAGUGAAAACGAAGAAAACAGUUCAUCCAAAGAUGAUGCGGUGAACUCGCACAAGUAAUUGAAUGAUUUGUAAGAGCGACUGCUUUUUUUUUCUCAAUUCAGUGCCAGGAAGAUUGGAGCUGAAGGGAACCACAUCCCAGAAACUAGCUCAACUGCAAGAAAGAGAAGUUGAACUCUUAGAAGAGAGAGAAAAGCAACGGGAGAUCAUUCAACGGCUGAAAGAAGAUCGUGCUCAUUACAGGGAAGUCGCCGAUGAUCUCAGGUGAAUUAGAAUGUUAUGUUAGAACAGCUUAGGGAAUUCAAGAAUUAUCGUGUGUCUUUUCUGCUUUUGAACAUAAGUUAUUGACCGUUCUCUUCUUAAUUAACCAGAGUGCAGUUGAAGUCCACUCAAGCAGAUCUUGACAGACUGAGAGAAGAGAAGGGUGUUGUUGGAGAUAGAAGAUCAUCCACUAGUUCAGCAAGGUACAGAAUUUGUUUCUUAGUUGCUACUGGUUACCUGAAAUGUUUUCUUUGUUUGUAUUAAGAUUUCCCAUUUGUAUCGAUUUUAAUGCUCCGGUUCUUUUAAAUACCGCCAUUCAUCUCGCGGAAAAAAUUUAGGACUGUGAAAAUGUUACUAUUAUUUUUAAAUUUCUAUCUGUUUGCAGUCCAAGGAGGAAGUCAUCCGUUAGAGAGGUGCCGCCUCAGGAUGGUAACGAUGAAGAGAUGGAUGGCAUGUUGAAAGAAUUCCAACAGCAACGAGCCGCUAAGGCUCUUCAGAGACAAUGGAGAGGAUAUCAGGGAAGGAAAAUGGAAAUAGAAAAACAGGAUAGACAGGCAGUAGAGAGACAAAAUCAAGCUGCUACAACAUUACAGAAAAAUUGGCGGAAACACAGAGAUAAGGUACGUGAGGCACAUUAAAAUAGGAGGAUUACGUCCUGUGACACAGGAUUGAUAAGCGCAUUUCGUACGGCCAACCAGAACGAAGGAAACUUUGCUAGGAGCCAAGUAACAAGCAAGGUGAAAACAAGCAAACUGCGCGAAGCGCAGGAAAACGGGAGUGACCAUUUUGGUCGUGCAUUUGCUUUCUUGCGAGGGCGGCGUGAGUUUUCUCGCCCAAUUCCAUGGCGCGGUGAAGGAAGUUUUACUCAAUAAUGAAUUACCGUCGACACUUGACUCUUCGAAAUAAAAAUUUACUGCAAAGAAGCCUUACUUGUUUGUUACUUGAAGGUUCUCUGGCUUGUCACACCAAACCUAAACAGAAGCUUAAAAAUGCAUUAGACUGUAUUGCCAAAUAAUUGAUUUGAAGGCAGCCUAGACUGAACGUUCUCUUUGGAAAAGGGAAAUAACUACUUAAAUGUUGUCUUUGGUAUGAUGCGCCAUUACAAUGUUUGAUCCCACAGGAGUUGUUGCGGUAAAGUAAAGGAUUGUUUUGAACAAAAAUCAAGAUCAUAUUUUACUUCAGUACUGACGCUUUCAUUCACUUGCAGACCAAACAAAUGGAUGAAGAAUCAAAACAAGAGGUAAUGGUUUUUUUUCUUACUCAUUCGCCCAAUUGCACUUUUACAUGUGCAGAAAGCUGCCGAGGUGGAGGCGAAAAGGGGACCCCCUCCACACAUUUCGCAAACUUUCCACUGUUGCUGUACAAUUUUACUAGGAAAAUUCUUUGACAUUUCUUAUUCUCCAGGCAAUAACACAGAUUCAAGCUGCCUUGCGCGGACAAGCGGCACGUAAUAAGUACAUUGCACAGCUUGAUAAAGAACUGGAAUUUACAGACCGAGAUGACGCUGUCGUGGCCCUUCAGUCAGCAAUGAGAGCGCACUUAGCAAGAAAAAAACACCUUGGAUACAUUGAAGAGGACGAAAUCACAUCACGUGAUACGAGAACGAGAGGAAGGUAAGUCACUUAGAGGGUAUAACAGGGUAAUUUUGUAUUAUCAAUUGAGUUGAUAAAGUAAAAUGGCCACCGUAAAGAGUUUAAAAGCUGACUGGGCUAAUGCUCGAAACGUCAGCUUUUAAAGUCUUUACGGUGGCCAAUUUACGUUAUCAACUCUGUUGAUAAUACUUAAUUACCCUGUUUUACUCUCCCAGCGACACAGCACCACAGUUUCUUUAGAAAAUUACCCCCUUUGUUCACUUAGAGGGUAGUUUUAGGCAUUGCACUCUAUAAUUAACAAUUAUUCAGCGAAGUUGAGGUGGUUCGUGGGGUAUAUAUUUUUAAUUAUAUAACAGAACAGUGAGAUAGUAUAACGGAAGUGAAUAGCAAAGGAUAUUGGGGGUUGGAGUAGCCACUCAGAGCGCGCCGUCAACGCUAUUUUAGUAUACACUAUUCAUAGAUAAACUCAAGUUCAUUUAGGUUCCUCAAGGAAAUUAAUUAAUGAGGCUGUGGUUAGUUUUACGAAAACAUGUUGGCGCCGAUGAAGGUACAUCUAAAUUAUAAAGUAGUGAUUAACGGUAAGAAUGUUCCUUGUUCUCAGUUCCAGUCACCACCUGGGCGACUCCGAGCCCGACUCUGAUGAAGGUCUGGUGACCAGAUCUUCCAGCCCCAAACGACACCCAGAACCGGCUACAACAGGUCUGAGGAGAUCAAGUUUAACAGGUUAGCUUGUGCUCGUCGUGACAAUAGCCUUAGUAACAAAUGGUAGUCAGACGUAAAAGCUAGUAACUUUUAAUGGUUCAAAAUGUAGUUUCUAAGUGUAGCCUUUUUCGCUGAAAUGAGGCUUUUACAGGAAUACAUUUAAAUAGAUGCUUUUGGUUCAGGCAAAUACAUCUUAAGUUUUUAAAUCCCGUUAUUGUACAUAGCGGUUCUCGCCACAUUCAACAUGUCCCGUUAGUAGAAUUUUGAGACAAAAUCGCGCGUUAAGGGUUUAAUUUCCGAACAUAUUUCGGUCUAUCGAGAGAAAUGGUGAUAGUUGUUAACUAUCAUUAUUAUUAUUGUAAUUAUUGUUAUUAUUACUAUUAUUUUUAUUUUUUUUUUAUUAUUAUUAUUAUUAUUAGUAGUAGUAGUAGUAGUAGUACUACUACUACUACUACUACUACUACUACUACUAUUAUUAUUAUAAAUGAUGUAGGCAGUUUGGCGCUUUCCUCAUUAACUUUUGAUCGAUCUUCGAAUCAGCUCCACUUUCUGUUGAUAAACCAGUAAAACUUGCACCUUUAAAAGUAUUUUCACCUGCACGUGAUAAUGCACUUGCACCAUCAGGGCUUUCAGGUGAUCAAGCACAUGUUACGUCAGAACUUGCACGUGAUCCGACUGAAUCUGAUUCUGAUGAUGACGCUGUCGUGAUCGGGCGAUCAGUAAAAAAUAAAAAGGAAAUUCAUAGCGAGGAAAUGAGUUCUAAUCAGUUGAACUCUGAAACUUCUGAGGAAAGAAACAAAAAAGAAUCAAAGAAACCACGCGAAACGAAAAAAGCCAAGAAGGAGUCGGCGAAGAAGGAAGCCAAAGAGGAAAAAAGUCUCAUAGACGAGGAGGGUAUGUUUACUUCCGGCGGACAGAUGACUGAACAUACUUGCUGCUUCUCCUCACUACUCAGUGCUAACGUUGUAAAAUAACCACCCUGAUGGCAAUCAAUCAUCAAGACUGACAGUUGUUCUUUCCACCUCAGGAACACCAGCAAUGACGCUAACUGCAACCUUUGUUGUUAAUCUAGAAAUGCUUUCACCACACUUCAACCGCAUCAAAUUUGUUCCUUCCUUUCAUAAUCAAACACGAUUAAUAUACGAAUAAUCACCCGUCUCACCACUUAAUUUUGCGUCGUCUAAUCAUCUUCGCUAAUUAGCGAUUGUUCAUCGUUGUAUAAUUGUGCAAUUUGUGAUAUUGUGAGAAACAUCGAAAAUUUCUUGUCCGGUUAUUUUUGUUUUAGUAUUGAUGUUUUAAUGGAGAUGCGCUACCCUCAACGCCGUGGAAAGGAUGAAAUUGAGGGAAAUUUGAAAAAGCUUGCACUAGCACACUUGUCGCUCUAUGUACAUUGUUUUGUUUUUUUGUUGCUUAAAGUCUCUUUACAUAUCAAAUGAAGCAGAAAAGGCAUGUAAAUUUUAUUUUUUCACAGGGCAAGGAAGGCAAGAUAGAUAACAAGAUAUUUAUUGCUAAAAAGUUUCAACAGCGAAUAUCUCACCGCUACACUUGCGCGGAAUUUUACACGUCACAUACAUUAUCAACUAAGCCACGUACAUUAUCAACUAAGGAUUGUUUGUUCAUUGCAACAGCUCAGUUACUUUACCUUUCUGUUUCUCUUGAAGGCCCAAGGCGGAGUUUGAUCACAGCUCCACGAUUUGCAAACAUCUCAGAAAACAGUGAGGAGGAUGAUGCUGUAGUAACUAGUCCGUCGAGAACGAGAUCAAUUCAAACGAGAUCAGGCGGACGCGUCAAUGAUUCUACACUGGAAGAUAUCAGACAGAAACCGAUAAAAAAAACCUUUGAGAUCGUCGACAGCGAUGAUGAAGACGAUGAGGACGAUGCGAUUGUCUCCUUGCCAAGGAGAUCGCUAGACACAGGAUUUAGUCCACAGCGACCUUCUCUCAGACAGUCAGGCCAGCCGCUAAGCUCUUCCGCGUCCAGCCAAAGGGAAGUUUUAGGUUCCAGUAGAGACGAAGCCCUUCAGAGACCAGGUCUGUCACUAUCGAAGAGGCCACUAAGUAGCAAAAGGCCAAGUUUAAAUCGCAGUGAGGGCGGUGACAGUGGAGAAGAGAGGACAUCCCGAUAUUCAAGCAUAGGAAAAUCCAGUUUGCCACUGGGCUCAGAGGAAGAAAGUGACGACGACGCAGUUGUCUCUCGAUCAAGUAGAUCGCAAAACAAAGGAUUCAUUCAACAGCGACCUUCUUCUCAGCGGUCAGGCCAAGCGAUAAGCUCUGCCGCGUCCAGCUCAAGGGAAGUCUUCGACUCUCAUAAGGACGAAGUCCCUCAGAGACCAGGUCUGUCACUAUCUAAGAGGCCACUAAGUGGCAAAAGGCCAAGUUUAGAUCGUAGUGGAGGCAGUGAUAGUGGAGAAGCGAGGAAUUUCCAUUCUUCAAGCGCAAGGAAAUCCAGUUUGCCCGUGGGCUCAGAGGAAGAAAGUGAUGACGAUGACGUAGUCGUGACAGGUAGAAAGACUAAGAAUGAUAAGAAGCCAGCUCGUUCCAGUCUUACACAGAAAUCAUCCGCAAGCACGCGUAAGUAAAUCUAUACGGGAGUUCUUUUGUUGAGAACUAAGCUUUUGAUACUCUAUAUUUACUUGUGUGUUUGAGUUUUUGUUUUCCUUUUGUAUCGUCACUCAAUCCCUUUCUUACAGUAGUUCACCGCUGGGUGAUUGUAAGUCUCCAUGUAAUUUCAACGGUUUCUUAUAACGCCCUUAGAAACACUCAUAGUGAACUAAGCAGAAAUUUUAUAGCAGUACCUAAAUAAACCGCUCUCUAUUUGUCUCCUACAAAAUUUUGGUGAGCAAAGUGAUUUCUUAGCGGAGAAAACCUAAAUUUAAAUAUUUAGAAAUUUCGCAUAUUUUUUCACUCACAUAGUUAUAUACAGCUGUCUGUAAAUACCAAGAUUUCCUAACCGUCAUUUCUCCGAUAUCAACUGUAUCGAAUUGAAAUCUUCAGUGCGUACGCACUUGAAUUAUGUAUUUUCUUGCCAUUUGGAAUAUUCCUUGUUUUGAUUAUCCUCAUCUAAAUCAGUCGUGAUAUUGAAGAAGAACUGUAACUAAACGUGGUCCGUUUGCUUCGAGAUUUUCCGUGACCUGUGAGAUACAAACUUCGAAUCGAGUGGGUCAUUCUCCCUUAUUAGCUGCUGAACAUUUCGUUGGAUAUUAGGUCCGAGAAUCUGAUAAGUUUGUCUAUUUUCAGCACCUGUUAGCUGAAGAAAGUAAGAAGAUGUUUUGUGUUUGUCAUUUCUUGGAGAUACACGAUCAAUUUGCCCGUAGAGGGAAACCACCGUAAAUCGUUGCCUUGUAUUCUUGUUUCCAUAUUUUUUUAACCUUAAGUUUAUAAUAUUCUUUUCAGCUCCAGCGCCACAAAAGCGUGAACGUGGAUCGAUAGUUAGCAGCCUGGAUAGCUUUUUCUCUUCCACUGCUUCGUCAAAAGAUUCCAAAAGCAAAAAGUCCCCCCGGAAAACUCUAGCUCAGUUCAAUGAUAGUGAUGAUGAUGAUGAUGAUGACGACGACGACGAAGAUAAAGUAGUUGUAUCGUCCCUGUCGGGAUCUAAAUCCAAACAGAAACGCAGAGUCUCCACCGAUUCAGGUUUGCAAUGACACUUUGUGAGACUUGGCUAAACAAUGUUAUAUAUUCUGCAACCACCUAUUUCCUUGUCAAAUGUUUAAGUAACAAAAUGGAUAUUUCUUGAAUGUAGAAACUGCACUUUUUUUUGUUGCUCAUCCAAAUUUAACUCUUUGUUACCUUCUAGCCUUUUUUCUGGGAACGUACUUUCAUUCACUCGUGUGUACGUUUGUUCAUUCAUUUAAUUGUUCGUGUAUUCAUUGUUAUUUAUAUUUUUAGUCGCUAACUUAUGGGCAACAUCGGAUUCCGGAAACGAUUUAAAGACUAAGCGGAAGUCGGUAAGUUUUACUAAUGAAAACCAUGCCUUUAAUCUCCAGGGUAUAGGACCAUUGUUUUCUAAGAAUUAGUUGCCGGGGGGGAGGAGGGAAGAGGGAAGAGGGAAGAGGGAAGAGGGGAAGGUAUAAUGUCUUCGUAUAUCUUUGAUAUUUCGAUGACAAGAGACUCUUAUUCUAUAAUAAUUACAUGGAAUGAAUUAUUUUUACAUGAGAAUUGCGUUCAUUCAAUGGUUAACGCGCCGGCGUCCUGAUCGAAAUGUCCUGGUUCGAUCUCUGAUCGAGAUCGUCUUUUUAUGUUCCUGAGCAAGAUUGUGCCGCUCUCCUAAGUCGAUCAUGAACGAGUAUGGUGGCCCGCAUCUAUAGUUUUUACUACACAAUCGUUCAGAGACGUUUUGCUACUUUUUUCCCACCUUCAGAGUUUAAAAUCCUCGCCCAGUAACAAGUGGAAUGCGGACUUUGAGUUUGAGAAACCUUCUCAUCGGCGACCAGACUCACAGCUUGAUGAGCUGUUUUGACGAGGAGACUCGCCAUAGAUGCUCUGUACAGAGUAGACUGAAAGUCGUCAGAUAGACCCAAGGAGUUUUAGUAUAAUUGUUAUAUUUGGUGAAUAAACAAAACUUUUUAUACUUGUCAUCCAAAAUAAAUGUUUAGCCGAG